GAUACUUCGCUCAAUUGGUGACAGGAGAAUUGGCUUCAGAGAUGAGUUCCACAGACAACCGCGCUAACCAGAAGAAUCCCAACCAUUCUUCAUCGGGGCCAGGACAAGUGUCUGGCUAUUCUGGAACAGGGACAAAAGCAGACCUAGACAACCAUUCGAAUCAGUUAAAUCCUAACAAUGAACGAUUUGGUAAUAAACAGGCAAACAUCAAGGGUCGCAGAAAUCAUCUUAAACAGGUUACACGGGUAAAAGGCUUCAGAUAAAAAAAUGUAACCAGAUACCUUAAGCGCAAAAAAAUGGGAGAUUUUUAACAUAAAGUGAAGUAAAAAGUGU